AUGGCGGACGCUAUGGAUGAAGAACAGCGGGAGCGUCUCAAGGCCGCGCUGUGGUUCGCCGUCGGCAAAAUUGUUGACGAAGAGUCAAUCAAGCAGAACUGCAACGCAACACCACAGUUUAUUGGUGCCCUAACGGAGAUGGUCUGGGCUCAAAUUGAGUCCGUAGCUAUUGACCUAGAGAACUUUAGUCGGCAUGCCAGAAGGUCAACAGUGCAGACGGAGGACGUCGUUUUGCUUGCGAGGAAAAAUCCAGAUCUGCUGGAUCUCGUAAAAGAUUUUGUCGAGCAGAGGAAGGCUGAAAAGUUGAAGAAAGGCAAGGGUAGAGCAACGAAGUAA